AGUCAGCAGCAGUCACCCGCAGCAGACUUCAAUUCUCCCAGGUUCCUCUCACACAACUUUCCAGUUGUUCCUUCUUCCGCAGCCGACAAUGGCCGCUCUCGCCAACGCCGCUGUGCUCCCCUCCACCUUCGUCGGCCAGAGCGCUGAGCUCGCCGCCAAGGUGAACAAUGUCGAGGCCCGCGUGACCAUGAGGAAGACCGCCAAGGCGGCUUCCAGCAGCCAGUUCUACGGCCCCGACCGCAGCCUGUUCCUGGGCCCGUACUCCUCCCCCCCGUCGUACCUCACCGGCGAGUACGCCGGCGACUACGGCUGGGACACGGCGGGUCUGUCCGCUGACCCCGAGACCUUCGCCAAGAACCGCGAGCUGGAGGUGAUCCAUGCUCGCUGGGCUCUGCUCGGUGCUCUCGGCUGCCUCACCCCGGAGCUUCUCGCCGGCAACGGCGUGAACUUCGGCGAGGCCGUGUGGUUCAAGGCCGGCGCGCAGAUCUUCUCGGAGGGCGGCCUGGACUACCUGGGCAACCCCAGCCUGAUCCACGCGCAGUCCAUCCUCGCCAUCUGGGCGUGCCAGGUCAUCCUCAUGGGCGCCGUCGAGAGCUACCGCGUGGGUGGCCUCGAGGGCUUCCAGGAGGUCGAGGACCCCCUGUACCCCGGCGGUGCCUUCGACCCCCUGGGUCUGGCUGACGACCCCGACGCGCUCGCCGAGCUGAAGGUGAAGGAGCUGAAGAACGGCCGCCUCGCCAUGGUGUCGAUGUUCGGCUUCUUCGUCCAGGCCAUCGUCACCGGCAAGGGCCCUCUGGAGAACCUGUCGGACCACCUGGCUGACCCCACCGUCAACAACGCCUGGGCGUAUGCCACCAACUUCACCCCCGGCGCUUAAGCGUGCUGUCUAGUCUUGUUUAGGGGUGUUACGCUUUCAUGUAAGCUCUGUAAGUAUACUAGAUAUCAGCUUACGCGGCUUUCAUUUUCGAUUCCUUUAAGGAUGAGGACUGGCAGGUCGCGGCGACAGCUCCCUUAGCUUGACAGUCUUUCCACACCCUGCACGAACUAACGGAAUGUUAGUUCAGGGAAGGCUUGCAACGAUGAAUUUACUCGCACCUCCAGGAGUGAGAAUGGCCAUCACUCGUCCGAUCUCACUCGUCCUAUCAGUGCACAGCUUGAUUGUAUUGUG